CUGUUAUUCACUUUCGAACAAUGCUCUAGAGCGUUGCCUUGCCGUGAAUCUGGUCAAAGUCCGACAAACGCCGAGCUUCCCAAUCCUCCCAUCUGUACAGCUCAUCACUCGUACCAUGACAUCCAACACAAUAAGCGAAGACGACCUCUACCGUACGACAUCUCAGUACCGUCUGUGGUCUUUCUCGCCAGAAGCUCUUGCUUCACGGCGAAGGGGGACACAUGAGCUCGCGCUACAGCGGGCAUGGCAGCAUGCUCCCACAUCAGAUGGAGCGAGUGAUGGCGCUGCACGAGGGUCGAGCGUAGACUGCCUGACAGUGGGGGAGGAGCUGCGGUUGGUGCAGCGGUAUUGCAAUCAGAUACGCACAACAAGCGAUCACUUCCAAUGGCCGGUGCAGGUCAAGGCCACCGCAGUCCAAUACCUCCGCCGAUUCUACCUCUCUAACUCCUGCUUGACCUAUCCACCAAAAGACAUCUACAAGACCGUCCUGUUCCUCGCCUGCAAGACAGAAGCCACCCACAUGACCCUCAGCGAGUAUGCCCGACGCAUCAGCACCGAUCCAGACGCCGUCUUGGCGCCGGAGUACAAGGUCAUGCAGGCCCUACGCUUCACGCUGGAUGUCAGGCAACCGUACCGUGGAUUGAAGGGUGUGCUGAUGGAGCUGCUGAACAUGGCUAACGGCAUGGUCGGAGAAGUCAUCGAUGCCGAGACCAGGGGCGCGAAGGAGCUACAGGCGAGCCUACUGGACUUGGCGAAACCGUCGAGCGACGCGAAGACGCCUUGGAAGGCGCCUGCUACCGGCAGUGUAGACGUUAAGCACCUUACAGACCGUAUCAACGCCGCCUACUCCGCCGCACGAACGAUUCUUGAUGGUCCAGCACUGCUAACAGACGCCUACUUCCUCUACACACCCUCCCAGAUCCUCCUCGCCGCUUUACAGCUGGCGGACGAACCACUAAGUUCAUUCUACCUAACCACCAAACUGCCAAUAUCCUCGGACGUCCGACCCAAAAUCCUGGCCACGAUUAGUACCUGCGCGGACCUGCUGUUCUCCUUUUCCGACGCUGUCAUUAUUUCAAAAGAAGAGCGAGCGCGACUCGAAGAGAAACUGGAGCUCUGCCGCGAUCCGUCCACGCGUGAUUUGGUGCAAGCGCAUGCGGCUGCUAUGCGCGGAAGUGACGAGGAUGACGAGGCGAAGGCGAGGAAGCGGAAGGCGGCGAGGGAGAAGAGUAGGCAGGAAGGGGAGGACUUGUUUGGGCCAAGACUGAAUGGUGUUGGAGCGGGAGGUGGAUGAAGUGGCUGCUGGUUCUAUUGGUUGCGAGGUCGCCGCGGCUAGCGGAUGGCUGAUUUUCGGUGACCCGCGGUCAGCCGCAAUCGCCGGGUGGGCCCGCCUCGGACAUGAAGCAAGCGUUACAAGGAAGCUGCGAUCAUAUCAAGCUGCGACAUAACGCCGACAUGUUGGGAGACGUGAUGCAAAGGACUAUCGGUUUGUUGUACACAGUUCGACGAAGGUGAACAGACACGAGCUUCGCAAAUGACCUUGGGUCCGCAAGAUUUUCC